AUGCAUUUAAGACCAAGCUAAAACGACUUUGAUCACUAAUUAGGAGGAUUUGGAAGUGGUCAAACUUAUAGCAAUUAUCAUAACAAUAUGUAUUCUUAAUAAGGCUCCAGUUAUGGAUAUGCAAAUUCAAAUAGUUAUGGCCAACCUUUACACCAUGGAGUUGGCUAUAGUAAUAGCCAAGCUAGCCAAUCAGUUGAGAUCUUUUCUCCAAAAUCUUUUCUUUCUUAAAAUGUUUCUCCAAAAUCUCCCUUACUUUAGUCUUAGUAGACCUUAAUGAAUGGCGGGAAGAUGCAAAAUGGUAACGGACUUAUAGUAAACUCCGGAAGUAGCAUAAGCCAAUAGUAACUUAAUUAGCAAAUAAAUUACAGCAAUAGCGCUUCUAAUUUGAGUACAAAGAGGGAUUAUUUAUCUCCCACUAAUCGUCUUUAGCAAUAGUCUGCAACUUCAUCUUUGCAACUACAAUAAUAAAUUUAAUAGUAGCCAUUGCAUCCUCAGUAGAAUUAGUUACUCUAACAAUAGCAAUUUUAGUAGAAUCAGCCACUCAAAAACAACUUCUUCUAGCAAUCCUCUAAUCAAAUAGAUAAUCAAAACCUUUACUAGGGUGGAUACUCUGUUUUAAAUUAACAAUCUUCUCUCUAAAAUUAAAUGUUACCAUAGUCUGCAACAAAUGGAUUUGGAAAGAAGCAAUAAGCGCCAGCCUUGCAAUAGCAGUAAUAGCAAUAGUAAUAGUAAUUUUCCUAAAAUAAUUAGUAGCAUUAUCAACUCCAACAAUAACAAUUAAAAUAAACAUAACUGGGCAUGAAUGCCAAAGUUUCCCCUUCGGCAGCAAAUGCAAAUCAAAACAAUACCUUCAGUUAAUAAUAAUCUUCAUAAGUAUAAAGCGGAGUAGUAGUUAGCGAUAUGCGCCACUUAUCCGCUGACGCUUUGAAAGAUAAAGAAAAUCUUUAAAAUCCUCUUCAAAAGAUUUACUAUGACUAGCCUUCAACCAAGGCUCAAUCAACCCAAAAAUCUAGCAUCCUUGGGAACUAAGCAAUGAGACCAUCAUCCCGUGAAGGAUAUACAAACAGCACAUAAUCAUCUACUUUAAAUAGCAAUCGUUAAUAAAUUAGAGCAAGCACAAACUCUAAUUAAUUAGAUAAUCGUCUUUAGCGCAACUCUUACAGCUAAUAGAACUUGAAAACAAGUAACUUAAACAGCACAGCAUUAGGUUAGAACAUUAAUAAUAGUUAAAUGAAAGAAAACUUGCUAAUGAAUGGAAACUAUGCCUUCUCAAUGACUAAUUAAUCAUAACCACAAGGAAUUUAUGAAUAACAAAGCUAGAUUGGCUACCAACCUUAAAAAAACUCACAUAUGUAUUAAAGUGGAAUCGUUUAAACCAAUUCAUAAUUAAGUAACCAUAACAUGAAAAGAAGUGAGAUUAUUGAAAUGAAACACUCAAACUAUCUCAACUCUCCAAAAUAUGUCCCUGCUAAUGGAAAUCAAUAAUAUGUUUAAUAGUAAUUAGAUACUAAAGAGUCUAUGGAUAAAAAAGAAAAUUAUACUCUCUUCCCUUCAAAUUAAAACACUAAGGAUAAACCUUUCACUGCUGACACUCGUUCUAUAAGAUAAAAGAGCUAAUAUAAGGAUACAUCUUCAUAAGGCAACAAUAACAGUAGUCUAUAAAUUGAAAAUAAUCCAAAUUCUAACUCAAUGACCUCUUAAAGAAAAGAACUCCAAAGAGUUUCUUCUGCCACAACUACCUAUGCAGCUGCUUAAAGCCAAAAGAAAUCUUAAAAUUUCAAAUACAAGACUGCUAAGACUUCUAAAAUUUCCCUUCAAAGAGAUUCAUAAACUCCAAAAUCUGGGGAAGACAAGAAAAUUAACUUCUCUUCUGAUACUAAGCAAAUGAGUGAUAUCAGUUAAAAGGAAGUAUCAUAUGGAAUUAACACUUCUUCUUCAUCAACUACUCUCAGAAACAACUUUGUUGGUACAAGUUAAUCAUAAUAUAUCUAACCAAGAUAAAGUGCUGUUUUAGAAAGAAAAAAUGACAAAUCUGCAGCUCUCUUUAACGAUACUAAAGGAAAAUAAGCCUAAUCUACCAUUUUAACAUCAGCUGAACAACCAAAUAUUUCUACUGUAAAUAAAUCUAAAUCACCAAACAACUUAGAUGGGAAAAAAGUUGGUGAAUCAAGAGUUUAUAGCGAUGAAUACUAAGAAUAUAAGAAAUUACAAGAAAAAUUAAACUAUUUAGAGUCAAAGAUCAUGAGCAUAAAGACAAAUAUUGAUUCUACCUAUUAAAAAGAAAAAGAAGAGUAGAGAAAGGAAUCAUUAACAGGUCAAUAAUUAACAGAUUAAAAUAGCGUGUUAAGUGCUACAAGAACAUUAAACAGCCUAAAUCAAACUCAAUCAAAUAAGAACUCCGCUUCAACUGCUAAUUUAACUACUUUGCCCUCUACAUCUCUCUAGACUGGUGCUUAAAGUACUCCUUAAGGUUAUCUUUCCCCAUCAACUCAAUCAAAGAUGAAUCAUGAUAGCUACUCUAGAAGCAGUCUUUGCUCUCCUGAUCAAGCACCAUCUUCCAAUUCUACAGCUAACAAAUAUAGCAGAGAUGAAGAACUAUUAUAUCCUAGCAGUAAUACUUCUAAUUUGAAGGCUACUACCAAUAGCUUCUCAUUGGAAUAAAAUUCUACUAAAGCUUCUGCUAGUAAACAAGGAGUUUCAAGCUCUACUAUUAAUUUAUAUUUAAAAAAUGGUAUGAACAAUUAAACCCAGUCAACAUCAUCUCUUAAUUAAGUUGCAAAUACUUCUCUUAACUAUACAAGUAAUUCAACUUAAAAUGCAACAGCUGUCUCUUAAAGUGAAUAAACUAUUUCCUAAACUUCUAAUAAAGCUUCAGCUAACAAUCCCUUAAGUAGUUUUGUGACUUAAGUAAACAGAGGAUCAGGUAUCCCUCUUUCCCCAAAAACAGCUACUAAUACUGCAAAGCGUACUAAAAUUGAAGAAAAGAUAAGCUCUACUAUUCAGUAUGAUCCAAGUUAGAUAAAUACAAGUCUCUAACCAAGCAUUCCAAAAAGUUACUUAAAUAAAUCUCAAUAGUAACAGUAAUUAACACAAUAAAAUCAAUCAAAGAUCUAAGAUGGAUCAGUUGCUUCUUCUUCUGUAAAUAAUAGCAGCAGCAAGAGCAAUAAUGCUUCUUACAAGAAAAGAGACGACAGCGACUCUAUUGAUGGAUCAGUUUCUUAAUAAGGAACAGCUUACUAUCCUUCUUCAACUAAAAAUCAAACUAGCUAAGGAAAGAACUCAUUGAUCUUAACAAAGAACAGUGCAGAAACUUAGUCAGCAUAAUCCUUAAAAAACAGUAAUAUUCUUGCUAGCCCUACAAAUAAUUCUGCAUACAAAAAAAAUAUUUAAACUACUCCUCCUUACAUCUAUUACAUUUCUCCUAUUAUCAAGUCAUAUAUGGAACCUUAAAAUGUGAGUCCUUUUGCUAGCUUAGCAAGAGAGCACCUAAUACAAACAAUGUAAGCUAUUAGCUUCUCUCGCAUGCUUAAACCUGCUUCUUAAAAGGUAAUUGAUGAAAAGAAGGUUCACUUGCCAAUCCGUCGUGAUAAUAAGAAAACUUUAGUUUUUGACUUAGAUGAGACUCUUAUCCACUGCAAUGAAAAUGCUAAUAUUCCAUCAGAUGUUAUUCUUCCUAUUAGAUUCCCAACUGGAGAAGUUAUAGAGGCAGGAAUAAAUGUAAGACCAUACUGCAUGGAAAUCUUAUAAGAGUUGAGCAAGUUUUAUGAAAUUAUUGUAUUCACUGCUAGUCAUAGCUGCUAUGCAAAUGUUGUCUUAGACUACUUAGAUCCUAAGGGAUAAUAUAUUACAGGAAGACUUUUUAGAGAAAACUGUGUUACAACUGAAGAAGGAGUUUACAUUAAAGAUUUGAGAGUUAUAGCAAAUAGAAAUCUCAGUGACAUAGUGCUUGUCGACAAUGCCGCUUAUUCAUUUGGCUUCUAAAUAGAUAAUGGUAUUCCAAUCAUUCCUUUCUAUGACAAUAAGAGUGAUGCUGAACUAAAGCACUUGAUUCACUUUAUGAAAUCUAUUCAUAAUGUUAGAGAUUUAAGAGAAAUUGUUAGAAAAUUCUUAAAAAUAGGCUCAUUCAGUGAAUUUUCUGAUCCUCAUACAUUAAUCUAAAACCUUUUUGACGAUUUAAUAUAUUGA